AUGAUCGUGGCGCUGUUGGGCGUUGUGUUCCUGCACAGUCCCGUGAAUGUCUUGAGCUGUAGUGUGGUCGAGUUUGCCGAGUCCGGUCUUGCCGCGCAUGUGGGAGGCCUGUGGGGCGCCCUGCCGGCACUGUAUGGAUCAAAUGGCAGUAUAUACAUCGACAACGAGAAGUUUCCCUAUAAAUGCACCGAGGACGGAGGUUGGCACGACUUUUUCAAGACAGAGCCCGGUUUCCUGAAGCCGUGGACGCCCGAAGUAGCCAAGACGGAGAGCUGCGCAUACUAUACCUAUGGAGAUAUGGGCCAGGAGUCGAAGGCGAUCGGUAUAUCGCACGUCCAGGCUCGCUUUGAGCCAGGCAUCACCUGGAGGUUCCAGCCUGAUGUACAGAGGGAAGUCGAUGCAGCUUUGGCCGUGCUUGACGGUUACGCAAAGCCCACCAUCGCAUUCCAUGUGCGAGGAGGCGACAAACCAACUGAGGAUGCCAUUGUGGGAAGGAGGACCACUGGACCAACUGACCUUGUGAAUACCUUCAUGGACAACUUUGUCAGCGUCCGGGGAGGGACCUGCGUGCUGAUUGGAGACGACCAGAACGCCAUAGCAGAGAUGGAGAAGCUGGUGUACCAGAACAUAGGGUGCACGGUGGCACACCCCUCCAAAUAUUACCGCCCCCAAGGCCACCACCAGGCCACCUUCAACAGCUUGCCAUUGCAGGACCGGUGCAGGGAGUCGAUCCAGCUGCUGAAGGAUCUGGAGAUGAUGGCGCAUGCGGACUACUUUGUGGGGUCGUCCACCAGCGGCAUCCCCCACAUCAUCGCCACUCUGCGCAUGACCGUCUACACCAAGUCACAGGUGACGUUUGCUGACGUGGGAUACCACGACAUGGGGGCGCGCAUCCGGCGGCACUUUGGGAUCGGCGGCUUUGAGAACGUCACCAUUGACGGUGUAGGCAAGGCCGCCCAGCGGAAACACAGGCAGCGGUGGUCUCCUUAA